AUGCAUAUUAAGUCGGUCGUGAUCGACGGCUUUAAGUCCUACGCACAAAGGACUGAAGUCAGUGGCUUCGAUCCCCUGUUCAACGCAAUCACGGGUUUGAAUGGAAGUGGAAAGUCAAACAUUUUGGAUUCAAUUUGUUUUCUUCUCGGCAUUACAAAUCUGUCACAUGUACGUGCAACAAAUUUGCAAGAAUUGGUAUACAAGAAUGGACAAGCUGGUAUCACAAAGGCAACUGUCAGCAUCACAUUUGACAAUAUGGACAAGAAACAGAGUCCUCUGGGAUAUGAACAGUACAAUGAGUUCACAGUCACAAGACAGGUUGUGAUCGGUGGGAGAAAUAAAUACCUUAUAAAUGGUAGCAAUGCUAACAACACCCGUGUCCAGGAUUUGUUCAGGUCUGUCCAGCUCAAUGUGAACAACCCACACUUCCUCAUCAUGCAAGGUCGGAUAACAAAAGUCCUCAACAUGAAACCACCAGAGAUUUUGUCAAUGAUUGAAGAAGCAGCAGGAACUAGAUUGUAUGAAAGUAAAAAGGAAGCAGCACAAAAAACAAUUGAGAAAAAAGAUGCUAAAUUAAGAGAAAUAGAUACAAUUUUGAAGGAAGACAUUGCACCAACACUUAGUAAACUGAAGGAGGAACGAUCAUCCUAUCUGGAGUAUCAGAAAAUUAUACGAGAGUUGGAACAUCUUAAUAAACUCUACAUAGCCUACCAGUUUGUUUGUGCUGAGGAAAGGAAAAAGAAAUCAGCUGAAGAACUGUUACAGAUGCAGGAAAGCAUCAAGACUCUGAGGGACAGGAUGGUCGAGAUUGAUUCUAAAGUCAAAGAGUUGGAUGGAGUUAUUGAUGCUCUACAGCGUAAGAGAGAUGAGGAGUCAGGUAGUGUAAUGCAAAAAUUAGAGGAGAACCUAAAUGAACAGAAAAAAGCUGAGGCUCUUGCACAGAGUGCCAUUGACAACAAGAAGGAAGGACUGAAAGCAGAGCAGAAAAAGAAAAAAGAGCUUACCAAGCACUCAGAAGAUGACAAAAAAGCACUACAAGCUAAAGAAAAAGAGUGUAGUAAAGUUGACAGUACACUGGAGAAGCUACAGGAGCAAAGUAAGAGUGACCAAGAAGCUCACGUUGCUGCCCAGAAACACUACCAAGCUGCCACCUCUGGCCUGUCAAAAAAUACAGAUGGUGAAGAUGCCAGUCUGAAUGACCAGCUCAUGACUGCCAAGAAUGAGAUCAGUACAUCAGAGACAGAGACAAAACAAGCUCAAAUGAGGUUGAAACAUGCCCAGCAAGAGAUUAAGAAGAAGCAGGCAGACCUAAAGAAAACUGAACAGGGAUAUAAGAAGGAUCAGAGUGCUUAUGAAGCUAUCACCAAAAACAUGGCUGGUCUUGAGGCGGAAAUGAAGAAGUUAGGAUUUGAGGAGGGUAAAGAUGAUAAAUUGUCAUCAGAGAGACGAAGCCUUAGUCAACAUGUUCAGAAGUUACAGGAGAAACUGGAGACCCUGGAGGCUAGAUUUCCACAGUUACAAUUUGAGUACAAGGAUCCUGAGAAGAAUUUUGACAGAAGCAAGGUCCAUGGACUUGUGUGUAAAUUGAUUAAAGUCAAGGAUGUAAAGAAUGCUACAGCUUUGGAAGUUUCUGCUGGAGGGAAGCUGUACAAUGUGGUUGUAGACACUGAGGUGACGGGUAAGAAGCUCCUACAAAAGGGAGAGUUAAGACGACGAUAUACUAUCAUUCCUCUCAACAAGAUAUCUGCACGCUGUAUCAACAUGGACACAGUCAAACGUGCUGAACAACUGGUAGGGAAGGACAACGUAAAUACUGCUCUGUCUCUGAUUGGUUAUGAGAAAGAUCUUCAAGCUGCAAUGGAGUUUGUAUUUGGCUCCGCCUUUGUAUGUAAAGAUAUGGAUACUGCCAAAAAGGUCACAUUUGACGAAAAGGUGAUGAAGAAGUCUGUGACAUUAGAGGGUGACUCGUUUGAUCCUGCUGGAACUCUCACAGGAGGUGCCAGAGCCCAGACAAGUUCAAUCUUGGAGAAGCUACAAGAGUUCCAGGACAUUCAAGAAGAGCUGAAUUCCAAACAACAGAGACUUAAUGAGGUGGAGAAGGAGCUGACCACUCUAAUGAGGACAGCAGAAAAAUUUACAAGCAUGAAACAUAAGUAUGAUCUUAAAGUACAAGAAGCAGAGCUUGUGAAAGCCCGAUUAGAACAGAGCUCCCAUCACCAACAGCUGGAAGAGAUAAAUGCCUUACAAGCCUCCAUAGAGGAACAAGAAGAGCUGCUUAAAAAAGCAAAGGAAACCCAAGACAAGGCAUCUAAGAAGGUAAAAGACCUGGAAAACAAGAUAAAGAAUGCAAAAGCAGUGAGAGAACAGGAACUCAAGGAGGCCCAGGCAGCUGUCACAAAGGCCAAGAAAAAGAUGGAGGAAUCUAGCAAAAUGAUGAAGGAAAAAUACCAGGAGGUGGAUAGUCUAAAGCUAGAGAUAGAGGAACUAAAGAAAGGCAUAAAAGGAUAUGAGGAACAGCUGGAUACGGUGGCUGUGGCCAUCCAACAGUACGAGUCCCAAAUAGAGGAAUUGACAGAGAAGGCCAAGGAGAGUAAGGCAUUAGUGAAGUCAGCCCAGUCAGAACUGAACAAACAGAAGGAGCUGCUGAAGGCUUGUAAUGCAGACAUCAACCAGAAGGUCGAGGAGCAGCGAAGUCUCGCAAAGGAACACCAUGCUGCAGAGCUCAAGAUACAAGAGUUGGAACACAAAAUGUCCAAAUUCCAGAGUGAUUCACAAGGAGCUGCAAGACAGGUUGAAAACUUGCUCCAAUCCUAUCACUGGAUUAUGGAUGAGAAAAAAUACUUUGGCCAAGCAAACACUGCCUAUGACUUCAAGGCUAAUGAUCCCAAGGAAGCAGAGAGGCGGAUACAGAAGCUGCAGGAGACCAAAGACAAACUGUCAAAGAGUGUCAACAUGAGGGCAAUGAACAUGUUAGGCAAGGCAGAGGAACAGUAUGCUGAUCUUCUAAAGAAGAGAAAGAUUGUACUUCACGAUAAAGCCAAAAUUGCUGCAGUUAUAGCAGAAUUGGAUCAAAAGAAAAAUGAGGCCUUGAAAAAAGCAUGGGAGCAGGUCAACAAAGACUUUGGUUCCAUAUUCUCCACAUUGUUACCUGGAGCAUGUGCCAAAUUGAUGCCCCCAGAAGGGCAAACAGUCCUUGAUGGAUUAGAAGUGAAGGUUGGAUUUGGAGAUGUGUGGAAAGAAUCCCUGGGAGAACUCAGUGGAGGUCAAAGGUCGCUGAUUGCCCUCUCUCUGAUCCUGGCCAUGUUGCUGUUUAAACCUGCACCCAUCUACAUUCUGGAUGAAGUGGACGCAGCUUUGGAUAUCUCCCACACACAAAACAUUGGUCAGAUGAUUCGCUCUCACUUCAAACACUCACAGUUUAUUGUGGUGUCCUUGAAAGAUGGUAUGUUCAAUAAUGCCAAUGUUUUAUACAAGACAAGAUUCGUGGAUGGAGUUUCAACAGUGACACGAUAUGUACAACACUCUAGAUCUGGGUCCUCCUCUGUUGUAUCUAACAAAGAAAAUGAAAAGGCGACAAACAAGAAAAAAACAGCAAACUCAAAACGUGCACGACUUGAAGAAAUUACAAACUGACUUCGGUCAAAUAUAAGUGAAGUGCAAAAUGAUAGACAUUAUUUAGGAGAGAAAUUCCAUUUCAACAAAUUUGAAUUAAGACAAGAAUUUUUGGUCAAAUAUGGAACCAGGUGUAACUCCAUUGUUGUCAAAAUGGAUGUCUCAUUUCUAAUGCCACAUGGACAAUUUACAACCAGUGUGUUGGAAUGCAAUAUAGACUCUAAUAAUUAAGUGUUGCCUUGUACCAUCCUUGAAAAUCAUGGCUGUUGAUAGUACAACAGAUUUAACUCAAUACAUGAAGUCAACACAUUUUAUCCAAAUUUUUAUCAUUUAAUUUUUGAAAAAUACAAAACAAAAUUGUACAUUAUAACAUAACUUCUUGCAACAUUUCUUUUCUUUCUUUCCCUUUUUUACUCAGCAUUCAAAUUUGCAUACACCACACAUUACUGUUUAUAACUUAUUCAUAAAACAAGCUGUUACUUAUA